AUGGGCUCGCGUCUGGAUAAGAAUUCUGACUCUGUGCGCAAGCGGAUUGCGAAACACACGUUUGCCGAUGAGGCUGGUGAUGAGUACGGAGGCUCGGCGUUUGGAGGCCACCAAGAGUACUUCAGGCGCAAGAGGAUCAAGCUGCAGAACCUCGACGCAGACAUACGCGAAAAGGCUGGUCCCGUGCCCCAGAUAUUCAGAGGCGUCGUGGCCCACGUCAACGGCUAUACCCAGCCAUCGCUCAACGACCUGCACACGCUUAUUGUCCAGCAUGGCGGGGGCUUCCUGCAGUACCUCGACGGCAAGACCACCGUGACGCACCUCAUCGCGAGUAGCCUCACGCCUAAAAAGGCCGUGGAAUUCAGGAGGUAUCGCAUCGUCAAGCCGGUGUGGGUCGUCGACAGCAUACGCGCGGGGAAGCUGCUGCCUUGGGACGACUACCGAGUGCUGGACGAAGGAGAGAAGCAGAAGGUGCUGGCACUCGACAAGGGUAAAAUCCUGAGCGAGGCGAAUGUCAAGGCGAAGGGCUACCGUGAUCAGACGGACAACAGCUGGUACACCAGUCAGCUUCGAGAUGCCAGCCCACCUACCAGCACGCCCACGCCGAGUGGACAUAUGCGAUCUCGAUUCUCUAGACAAAGGCUACCCACACCAGAUGAUGACGAUAUCGAAGACCUUCCGCCCUCGCACCAGCCUGAACCUGUCUCUGCACCAGCGCCGCACCAUCAACGCAAAUCCGAGAAGCUAGUCACGCCUCCAAAGACCAGUCCUACGCUUGCUCCUCAAAAGUAUCCAGACGACAUCAUCGACGACGACCUCCACGACAGUCUGUAUGCUGACCCAUCUCCUCCCGCUGGUCAACAAGCGCGGUCAAACAGUGUCUACGAGGGUGAAAUACCAAUUAAACCUGCAGCAUCACCACCCCGUAAUCGAGCGUUGACCUCUGAGGAGCACAACGCAAUACUCCUACGUGAUCCCCAAUACCGCAAGUCUACUGUCGUCGACCCCAACUUCCUCCAACAGUACUAUCGUGAAUCGCGUCUGCAUCAUCUGUCAACCUGGAAGGCUGAUCUGAAAUCUCAACUACAGGCGUUAGCGAGCGAAAGGAGCUCGAGUCAGAACGCCAAGCAGAAGCGCCCACCAGGUGCACGACGAUACGUCCUCCACGUGGACUUUGACAGCUUCUUUGCUGCCGUCAGUUUGAAGAAGCAUCCCCAGUACAGGGACAAGCCGACAGUUGUGGCUCACGGACAAGGCAAUGGAUCCGAGAUUGCGAGUUGUAACUACCCGGCACGCAAGUACGGCGUCAAAAACGGUAUGUGGAUGAAACGGGCGCUGGAGUUGUGUCCAGACUUGAAGGUUUUGCCCUACGACUUCCCUGCAUACGAAGAAGCGAGUCGAGCCUUUUACGAUGCCAUCCUCGCAACGGAAGGUCUCAUCCAAAGUGUCAGCAUUGACGAGGCUUUGAUCGAUGUGUCGAACCUGUGCAUUGCUGCGGGUGGGAGCGACGGCCGACAAGUCUUCGAGAAGUGCAUUGAGAGUGAACAAGCCAAAGCCGACGAAAUUGCGCAGCUCUUGCGAGACGAGGUCAAAGCCAGGACGGAAUGCAAUGUCUCAGUUGGCAUAGGUAGCAACAUUCUCCUAGCCAAGGUAGCCUUGAGGAAGGCAAAACCUGCUGGUCAGCAUCAAAUCAGGCCUGCCGAGAUUUUGAACUUUGUUGGUGAACUUCAAGUAGAAGAUCUGCCAGGUGUCGCCAAGUCAAUCGGUGCCAAACUUGAGGAAAUUGGCGUCAAACACGUCAAGGACAUCCGCGAACUUACCAAGGAGAGGCUCGUCCAGACUCUUGGCCCUAAAACCGGCGAGAAGCUUUGGGAGUAUGCGCGCGGUAUAGAUCGACAAGAAGUAGGUGAGCAAGUCGUCCGCAAGUCCGUGUCCGCGGAAGUCAACUGGGGUGUCCGUUUCGAAAACCAGGAGCAGGCCGACGAGUUCAUUGCUAGUCUUUGUGGUGAGCUGCAGAAGCGCCUUAUCAAGGAAAAAGUCAAAGGAAAGCAAUUCACGAUCAAGGUCAUGCGCCGCUCGGCAGAUGCUCCUUUAGACCCGCCAAAAAACUAUGGUCAUGGACAGUGUGACACGUUCAACAAGAGCCUGGCAUUGGGUAUUGCAACAAACUCGAAAGACGUUCUGACGAAGGAGGCAUUGAGUAUGCUACGAGGCUUUGGCAUCUCACCAGGCGAUCUGCGAGGCAUUGGCCUUCAGAUGACGAAGCUCGAACCCAUGAAAAGCGUGACAGAUGGGAAUGCCGAGAGCUCUCAGCGCCGUCUUCAAUUCAAAACCAACAACGCCGAACCGGGUAGUGUUCGCAAAGCACCCGAAAUCGCUGAGGCAGACCCCAUCCAAGACGACCCUGUGACGCCCCGCAAACCCAAAGGGACAGUGGAUGAUGAACGCGUCGCCUUUGGCGCCCGAGAGCUAAACCAAUCCACGCCCUCUCGACGUCCGCUAAAUAUGAUGGGCACCCAGUUCAUCAUGCCCACGCAGGUUGAUCCCAGGGUCCUCGCCGAACUCCCUGAGGACAUCCGCUCAAGACUCCUUCGACAGACGCGUCAAUCGUCUCCUACACCAGCGCCUUGCAAACUCGACCCAUCAACUCCACGGAAGUCCAUGCCGUUCGCCCUCACAGCUCUGCCUGCGCAAUCUCAACUUGACCCUGAUAUACUCGCCGCCCUCCCAGCAGAGGUCCGCGCAGAAAUCAUGCUACAAUACGCUGCGAGCUCCUCACCUUCCCGUCGCUCAAAAUUCGCAGACCAGACACUACUCCCGCAGUCUCCGCGCAAAAACCGCAUCAUUGGUAUCCCCGCAAAGAAAGCCAUCAUACCCAUCAAGCGCGGACGAGGUCGACCGCCCAAAAGCGCCUCACUUGCCGCAGCGGCGAUAAAACCCAGUGUGACGAGGGAAGGCAAGACCCUCACACAAGCAAACUUCAUCUCCCUCAAACACCCCUCCCGGAACCGAGACCCAGGCCCAAGCAACCAAGAACCCGACGAAGACCUCGACCCAAACUUCCUCUCCGCUCUCCCCGAAGACCUGCGCAAAGAAGUCCUCGCCGAACACAAGCGCAAGAAACUCUCCGCCCACCGCCUCGCCGCUAACAGGCAGAAAGCACCGCCUCCCCCUGUCGUUCGCCCGCCGAAAACGUUGCGUGUGCCCCGUCCCCCGUGCCCGACGUUCACGACGCAGAAACUCUCGCGCGAGAAAGAUCUGCGCGCUGCGAUGAAGGAGUGGGUUCGCACGUUUGCGGAUGAGGGCCCGUAUCCGGAGGAUGUCGCUGCGUUGGUGAAGUAUCUUGGGAAGGUUGUGGGCGAGGAGAGGGAUCUGAGUAAAGCGGUUGGAGUGGUGAAGUGGCUUGUUUGGGUUGUUGCGGAUGUAGAGGAAGAGAGUGAGGAUGAGGGGUUUGCGGGGGAGAAGUGGAACGAUGCCUUGCGGAGGGUUAGGUGUGGUGUUGAAGAUGCGGCGCAUGAGAGAGGGAUGGGGAGUGUGUGUUUUGACUGA